AGAAAUUUCUAAAUAUUUCUCUACAUCUCUUUCCAAUGUGUUUUUGAUCUUGGAUAUCUCUUUCUGGGAAGCCUCAAAGACGGAACGUUUUUAGAGAUCUUUUUUUUCCCCAAAACCUGGAACUUAAAGAAUGCGCUAGUAUCAAUAAUGGAAUAAUAGUGCUUGGUAAAUCUAAACUAUUCAAACAGGAUAAGAUUKUAGGAAAAUUGAAUUCACCAUUUUUUCCCCUUGUCGUGUUUGAUUUCUCAUGAGUGGCGUUAUCUAAAAAAAGAUCUUCAAUUGGUCGAUGAACAGAAAAAUCUCGGAUUCAAAACAAAAAACCUUUAGCGAUUGUUAAAAAACCUAUUAACACUCUACAUGGUAUAGAGGAUAGGAGUAUGAAAAGUAAUAAAGCAAACGAACUCGAAAAAAAAGAGAAAAGGAGAAAGUGAAAGAGAAAGAGAAAGAGAAAGAGAAAGCAGUAGUAAUAGGAAUAUGAAACGAGGAAUAAAAAUUUAAAUAGAAAUGAUCGUCUAAUGUUACGCGUUAUGACAAUAUUGACGUUUUGUUCCAUCGUAUUUCACAUUUUAGCAAUUGCAAGUUGCUGUUGUAAUGCAUUAUAGAGAUAAUUUUAGAACCUUUGGUUCCUAUAUCCUAAAUUCCUGAUUUGACACAUAUCGAUAUUAGCUUAAAAACAAAACUGCCAUUUUUUUAGCAAGCAAACUAAGCUUCGGGAAAUUGAUGUCACCAAAGAGUAUUGACGUAACGAGUAAAUGUUAGGCAGAUUUAGAUUCACGUUUUUCCUUCCCGAAARCGGCAAACGUGACCACGUUUUCAUCGUUUCCCUACAUUUCACUUURCCUUUUGCAAACUUUCUCGACAAAGCAUCGUAUGAUUUUCGACUUGCAAUUGCAAUGGAUUCAACAAAGAUGACAACUCGACAGGAGUUCAAAGACCAGAAAACGUUAGUAAAGAAAGUACUUACAGAAGUAAUGAAGACGAAAGCCAUACAAUAUGCUAUAGCAGUGUACACUGCAGAUACAAAAAAAAUAUUCAAGGAUUUUGAUAACACAACGAUAAAUAUGAAUGACGUUAACUAUUUGGAGACAAGUAUUUAUGGCUUUGACCCRACAAUGCUGUUUGGUGUGACAUUCAACGCAAGACCUGACUGUCUUUGGUUCAUCAGAAACAGUGAUAAUUAUACUCACCCUGAAUGUAAUUCGACUUAUGCUCCCAUGGGAUAYAAGGACCCAGUGACUAAAAUAGCUCUAAGGUAUGGACGGGAACACUUGCAAUACCURAGAAAGAUAACAAACCUCACGGAUUUGCUUUAUAGUGGACUACGAGUUAAUAAAUCCAUCGAAAAGAUGAAUUUCAAUAACAUUGUGSGUUCCAUUCGGUCAAACUGCAAAAAAUACCAACCUCUACCGAUAWCCAUUAUACCAAGUUCGGUUCUGACGCCUUCCCCAUCAGCCAUCUCAUCUCUUCAUAAGUCAGAGAUACGUAUGACCUCACCAAUGACGUCACUUACACAUUCGUCAGCCUUUGCGCAAAUACCUUAUUAUAGUACCGAAAGCAUAGUUGCAUCAACUACAACUCAGUCUUUGCUUGGUCAAAAUAGUAGUCCARUAUUUUCUUUAAUAACGCCCACAACAUCUGUAAUGUCAUCUGGUCAACGAUCAGCAUACAAGCUUCGACAAGAAUAUGAAGAACUUUUGAACUACGAAGUUAAGCAAGUGAACCUUAGUAAUGAUGCUGAUUUUUUGACUUUUGUAAACAGUACAUCAAAACUCUUAAAAAACAUCCCUGCUCUCGAUGCGGGACUCGAAAUAAAUAAUGUAUCGUAUGGAUGGAGUAUCUCAGUUUUAUUAGAAAAGUUCUGUAUUGGUAUCGCUGAAGCCAUGAUUAACAAAGGAAUGACUGGAAAAUCACUGGAAGCAUAUACAGACAAUCUGGUUAUUCGCUUAUCUUUGGUGGACCUCACUAACUUUAGUGGGUAUGAAUUUGGUGAUGUUGGUGUUGAAAAGGGAACAAUCAAGAUCCCUCUAGAAGUUUUCAAGAAAGAAAGUGCAAUUGGAGCCAUUGUAGUGAUGAUAUUUGAUCCCGUAAAGCCGUUUAUAGACGGAAAGCUUAUAGAUCAAAACAGCAAUACAACGGUAGCUGGGAAGAUUAUCAUGGUUGAUGUGCUGCCUCGUCCAUCAUAUCCAUUGGAAAGACCAGUAACACUACGAGUAUACAGCAAAAAUGAAAUGGCAGGGUCCAAACCAAGCUGCGUGUUUUGGGAGACAUCUUUAGGUGGCUGGUCAACAGCUGGUUGUUCUGUCACGAGAACCCAUGGGAAUUUAACAGAGUGUCAGUGCAAUCACAUGACUCAUUACGCUGUGCUGAUGUCACUUGAUGACCAAGUCAUCCCAAAGAAACAUCAUCAGGUCAUGACCAUGAUUACGUACAUUGGCUGCUCUCUAUCCAUCAUGGGGAUCUUCUUAACCACAAUCACAUUCUUCUGUUUACCGGUUUUGAAAUCAGAGAGGACGAGAAUUCAUUGUAAUCUUUGCCUUGCUAUUGKAUCAGCACAAACCCUGUUUCUUGCAGCUGGUACUGAGGAGCUUACACAAAACACGGUGGCGUGUAAACUCUACGCUGCUGCUAUGCUAUAUUUCUUCAUUUCUGUCUUUACCUGGAUGUUGGUGGAGGGAAUUCAUCUUUAUCAAAUGGUUAUAAUUGCAUUCGUUAGUGGACCAAUGAUGAAGUUUUACUACGCGCUUGGAUGGGGUUUCCCAGCUGUAACUGUGAUCGUUACAACAGCCAUCGCGUAUAAGGAUUAUGGCACCCCUAAUUUCUGCUGGAUUUCUCUGCGUGGUGGUACGAUUUGGGCAUUCACAGGUCCUGCAGCAUGCAUUAUUUUGGCUAAUAUGUUUGUACUGGUGUCUGUUUUGAGACUGAGAGUAAAGUUAGACAUCUCGAAUGAAAUGCGACAAGUAGCCAAGACUGGUGCCCGAGUUUCUAUUGUCCUUUUGCCUCUUCUUGGGAUGACCUGGAUUUUUGGCUUCUUUUCAGUCAUACCAGGAUUUGGCAUUGUGUUUCAGUAUUUAUUCGCCAUCACCAACUCUUUGCAGGGCCUGAUGGUGUUUGUGUUCCAUUGUGUUGGAAACUCAGAG